UACAGAGUUUCCUUCUCCGUUUCCCCUUCAAUCUCCGUUGCAAUUAAUUGCUGAGUUAAUUUCGAUGAAGCAGCAAUUUCUAGAUUCGCAGAUCCAUGGAACAUGCCCAUUUCUCUUUUAUUAUUAUUAACCCAAACCCUCCCUCAUUCUCAUUCUCAGACUCAGACUCAGAUCCAUUCCCUCUGUUGUUGUUUGUUGCUGUAGCUGCAGCAGGAGGAGUAGUGCAAAUACAAUAAUACCCCUGCACUGCAUCGCACCGUGUUUCCCCCUCGAGAAUGAAGAGUACGAAUCGUUUCUUCACGAUCGGGCUUGUGUCGGCGUGGUACUCAUCCAACAUUGGGGUUCUACUUUUGAACAAGUACCUUCUCAGCAACUAUGGCUUCAAGUACCCGAUCUUCCUCACCAUGUGUCAUAUGACAGCUUGUUCCAUGUUCAGCUACAUCGCCAUAGCAUGGUUGAAGAUGGUUCCUAUGCAGACCAUUCGCUCAAGGGUUCAAUUCUUCAAGAUCUCUGCUCUCAGCCUUAUUUUCUGUGUCUCCGUCGUCUUCGGCAACAUCUCCCUUCGUUACCUUCCCGUCUCUUUCAACCAGGCCGUCGGCGCCACCACCCCUUUCUUCACCGCCAUCUUCGCUUACAUUAUGACCUUCAAGAGGGAGGCUUGGCUCACCUAUCUCGCCCUUGUUCCCGUUGUUACUGGUGUCAUCAUUGCUAGCGGGGGUGAACCGAGCUUCCAUUUAUUUGGGUUCAUAAUAUGCGUUGCAGCUACAGCAGCACGAGCCCUAAAAUCAGUGUUACAAGGAAUUUUGCUUUCUUCUGAAGGAGAGAAGUUGAAUUCUAUGAACCUUCUCCUUUACAUGGCUCCGAUGGCCGUUGUUUUUCUUCUUCCUGCUACACUUCUGAUGGAAGAAAAUGUGGUUGGCAUUACGUUGGCUCUUGCCAGAGAUGAUGUGAAGAUCAUUUGGUAUCUGCUAUUUAAUUCAUCCCUUGCGUAUUUUGUCAACCUGACCAAUUUCUUGGUCACGAAACAUACCAGUGCUCUUACCCUUCAGGUACUUGGGAAUGCUAAAGGGGCCGUAGCGGUAGUAGUUUCAAUUCUGAUAUUUAGAAACCCAGUGUCAGUCACUGGAAUGAUGGGUUAUUCACUCACGGUCCUUGGAGUUGUACUUUAUAGCGAAGCCAAAAAGCGAAGCAAAUCAUAAUGAUACUGUGAUACAUCAUUCUUGGGAAGUAAGCAGAGAAUUCCCUAUAUUUUGUUUUCAUCACUGCGCAGACAACCAUGAAGAUUCCAUGAGGCAAAUUUGUUAGCAUGAUUGUGAUCAGAAUUCGGAUGAUUCAGUGUCUAUAUACUAAAUUUUUUACCCCACAUGGAAAGCCUCAUUGAACGGGUUCCCCAUUGCAUUAGCAACUGUGCAGAAAUAGCCCACGGUACAAAGUUCCAAUAAGUGAUCGUUGUCUCUCCUAUACUCACGUUGGUAUAAUCGAGGAAUGUCUUUUUAUCAUUUAUUCUUUUAAGAGUUGUAGAAUUGGAUCUCCACUCAAUUGUUGUUUACAUUGCUUACAUUUGUUUAUUGAUGACAAAAUUCGUAUUUUUUCUCAUAGUAAAAUAUCUGUAAUA